UCGGAUGUGCAAAACCGAAAGAACAUGAGCACAGCAAAUAAUCAACAAUUGCGGGAGCAACUAAUAGCAGCUGUGGUUAAAAAACGAGCAGCACUGGCUAGAGCUCAUCAGAUAGUUGUCACACUUCUGGAACAACAAGUUGACGAACAGACUUUUCUAACUCUGCUAUCACAAAUCGGUCCAGAAAACUAUGCGGAUGUGGUCGAGGAAAGACACAUAAACAAACUGUGCGGAUAUCCACUCUGCGAUGUUGCUGUGGAAAAAGUUCCUACUAAACAAUAUCAAAUCUGCGCUGUCCGUAAUAAAGUGUACGACAUAACUGAGCGUAAAAAGUUCUGCUCCGGCUACUGCUUCAAAGCAUCAGAAUACAUCAAAUCCCAGGUGCCGACUUCGCCGCUUUGGCUGCGCGACAAGGAAAAGAAACCAGAUUUUAAGUUGUUGCCGCGAGAAAAUUUGAAUCGCACCCAAUAGAUAAAAUCUGUGAUAAUAUUUUCAAUGCUAUAUAUAAUCGUAUUUAUUAAACAUCUAAGAAUCACUAGA